UCCUUGAAAUAUAAUUCAAUUUUUUUAAUAUUGUUUCUUGCGGGUUACAUGUAGAAAAGUAACUACAUAGAUAUGCUCGUUUCCUGCAUAAAUGAGCGGGUAAAGAGAAAGCCGAGCAUAGACGCCUUGCUAUCAGACAUUUGCAUCUCAACCUCAGCAGCACCAACUUAUCUCCCAGCUCAUCACUUCGAAACCCAGGACUCCACAGGAAAAGUGAGAGAAUUCAACCUCAUAGAUGGUGGCGUAGGUGCAAACAACCCGAUAUGCAAGGCUAAUUUUCCCUAUUGUUGUUUUAUGUGAAUCGUGAGUUGACGACUCAUAAUAUCAAAUCACUUAUUUGACGUUGUUCAAAAUAGACCGUGCUUGCGAUGGGGGAAGUGACAAAGGAGAUCAUGGGAGAAAGCUCGGAUUUCUUCGCCAUAAAGCCCAUGGAUUACAGAAGGUUUCUGGUGAUAUCACCCGGGACCGGCUCGCAAAAAGUCCAAAGGAAGCACGAUGCAAGUGAAGCUGCCAAAUGGGGAGUGUUGGGCUGGUUGAGCAGCAAGGGUGGGAGCCCGUUGGUCAAUGCGUUCAUGCAAGCGAGCGCCGAUAUGGUCGAUUUCCGCCUCUCCGCGGUCUUCCGGGCACUACACCUUGAAGCCAACUACCUCCGAAUCCAGGACGACACACUAAGCGGUGAAGUGGCAUCUGUCGAUAUCGCGACGAAAAAAAACCUGAACGGCUUAGUCAAAACCGGUGAAGCGCUAUUGAAGAAGCCAGUUUCGAGGGUAGACUUGGAGACGGGUCUAUUCGAGGCGUCUAAACCAGAGACUAAUGAAGAGGCUCUUAGAAGGUUCGCCAAGCUAUUUUCAAAUGAGAGAAAACUUCGUCAUGCGAGGUCGCCACAUGGACAUAAUUCCACGAAUUUGAAACGAUGCUAGUUGUGUAUAGGCAUUCUUCGAACUUCUUUUAUUCUUUCCAUUCUCCUCCAUUAAAAUUCCGAGGGGAAGCUUAAUGCACCAUUGGAUGUAACUUUUUUCAAUAUAGGACUUUCAGAUGAAUUUUGUGUA